CCUGAACAUAUACCAAUGCGAAUAUUUUAAUCUUAGAAAGAAAUAAUCAUUUUAGGUGGACUUUGAGAGUUCUAAUUUAUAGAAUUAAAAGUAAAAUUAUAGGAGAAAAGUUUUAAUAUUGAGCCAGUGCUGGAACGUCUGAUUAAUUAUUGAUCGCAAUAUCCAUUAUGAAGCCCAGACUAAAUGGCGUUCAAUUAAGAAUGAAAAGCUGGCUUCAGAAUAAAGACGAAAAGAGUUCCAUUAUACCUUUGAGUGUUCUCUCCAAUUCACAGGAAAGAAAACGAACAUCUUCUGCAUCACUAGGACAAACGCGGCUUUCUUAUGACAGGGAGGAAACGGAUUCUUUAAUUUCAAUUCAUGGGGGUUCUCAAGAAGAUAUCAAUACCGAUUUUGAAUCCGGUUUUCGAAUGAUCGAAGUAGGUCGACCUAAUCCUCUCUAUGGCAACAAUGCUGUAACAAACACAAAGUAUGAUGCUUUCACCUUUCUUCCCAAGUGUUUGUACGAACAGUUUCGCUAUUUUUAUAACAUGUAUUUUCUAUUGGUGUCCUUAUCCCAGCUUAUUCCUCCUCUAAAAAUUGGAUACCUGUCUACUUAUAUCGCUCCUUUAAUUUUUGUCUUGAUGAUUACCUUGACAAAAGAAGCAAUUGAUGAUUUAAAGAGGCGAAGAAGGGAUUCGUAUGCUAAUAAUGAAAUCUAUAUUGUUAAUAACCAUCCCUGCUCUGCUCAGAAUAUUCAAGUAGGCGAUGUUGUGCUCAUCUCAAAGGAUCAAAGAGUACCCGCAGACAUGAUCCUUAUGCAUACAUCUGUUGGGAAUGAAGCCUUCAUUAGAACAGAUCAGCUCGAUGGAGAAACUGAUUGGAAAUUACGGAUACCCUGUUCAAAUCAAUAUUCACAUGGAAUCAUUCAUGCAGAUUCCCCUAUCAAGUCUGUCCACCAUUUUUAUGGUACCUUUACUUUGAAUGACAAUAGGAGACCACUUACCGUGGACAAUACACUUUGGGCAAAUACUGUCCUGGCCAGUGAGGCGGUUUAUGGUGUUGUCAUCUAUGCUGGUAAAGAUACUCGUCAGUCCUUAAAUAGUUCGAAAGCUAAAACAAAGGUCGGCUUGUUGGAGAAAGAAAUUAACUUUUAUUCUAAAAUUCUGUGCAUGAUUGUUCUUUCACUUUCCACCAUACUUACAUUCAGCCACGGACUACGAGAAAACUGGUACAUUGCUAUCUUCAGAUACUUGAUUUUAUUUUCCAGCAUUAUUCCGAUUAACUUGCGUGUCAAUCUAGAUAUUGGUAAAAUUGUUCAUUCUAAACAUACCGAGGCAGAUCCUAAUUUACCAGAUGUUGUUGUUCGAAGCAGUAAUAUCCCUGAAGAACUUGGUAGAAUUGAGUACCUGUUAACUGACAAAACUGGUACUUUGACACAGAAUGAAAUGGAAAUGAAAAAACUACAUUUAGGAGCUAUUGGAUUCUCCAAUGAAUCAAUGGACGUAAUCCAAGCUUGUAUUAAUGAUCCUACGGCCCAAAUUCCGUUGAGCGAUGAUACUAAAAAUUUGAUUCGAACAACUGUUUUGGCCCUUUCUUUAUGCCACAAUGUAACUCCAUCUGAAACUACUGACGGUUCUGUUAGCUUUCAAGCCGCAAGCCCUGAUGAAGUUGCAAUUGUUCGGUGGACUAGUUUGAUGGGCUUGGUUUUGACACAUCGUAAUCGAGGAGCCGUAACCAUUAAUAUGUCUUCGUACGAAAUUCUACAACUUUUUCCGUUUAAAUCUGAAACAAAGAGAAUGGGCAUUGUGGUCCGUUCGCCAGAAGGACAAAUCACUUUUUACCUUAAAGGUGCAGAUUCGGUCAUGCAACAAUUUAUCAGUCCAAGCUUCUGGCUUGAUGAAGAAUGUGGAAAUAUGGCUAGAGAAGGGCUUCGAACCUUAGUAAUUGCAAAGAAAGAUUUAACUAAUGAACAAUAUAAUACUUUCGCUACGGUGUAUUCAGAAGCGAGCGUGUCUUUUUCAGGUUCGAGAGAUAAGAAAAUGACGGAAGUUGUUUCGAAAUAUUUGGAGAAUGAUAUGGAGUUACUUGGUCUUACCGGUGUUGAAGAUAAACUUCAAAAGGAUGUCAAAGUAACUUUGGAACUACUUAGAAAUGCUGGUAUACAUGUUUGGAUGCUCACGGGAGACAAAGUGGAAACUGCUAGGUGUAUUGCUAUAUCGUCUAGGCUCGUUUCUCGAGGUCAAUACAUUCAUACCAUUUCCAAACUUAAUUCUCGAGAUGAUGCGCACAAUCAAUUAAUGAUUCUAAUUGGAAAACCAGAUUGUUGUCUUAUAAUAGAUGGUGAAUCCAUGGAAUUCUGUAUCGGGUAUUUACAGGACGAAUUUAUAGAAGCAGUUUCUGAAUUAUCCUGCGUGGUGAUUUGCAGGUGUACACCAACACAGAAAGCAAAUAUGACGCGCUUAAUCCAAACGAAGAAAUCUGCUUCAGUCUGCUGUAUCGGUGACGGAGGUAACGAUGUCGGAAUGAUUCAAGUUGCGAAUAUUGGUGUUGGUGUUGCCGGAAAAGAAGGUCAACAGGCCAGUCUUGCUGCUGACUAUAGCAUAAAAGAAUUUAGUCACGUUGCUCGCUUACUCUUGUGGCAUGGCCGUAUAAGUUAUAAACAAACAUCAAAAUUAGCAAUGUUCGUUAUACAUCGUGGUUUGAUUAUUUCUAUCUGUCAGGUGGUGUACAGUAUAAUCUCAAACUUUGAGCCUAUUGCUUUGUUUCAAGGAUUACUGUUGGUUGGAUACUCGACGAUGUAUACAAUGAUGCCCGUUUUUUCCAUUGUUUAUGAUAGAGAUGUGAGCGAAAAACUAGUUUUUCUGUUUCCAGAGCUUUAUAAGGAGAUGAGAGAAGAUAAAUGUUUCUCUCUCAAGUCAUUUAUGUCUUGCGUGUUAAUUAGUAUUUACCAAGGUGUCAUAAUACAAGUGAUCACUUACGUCCUUGUCGGGUUCGAUGUCGAAGGCCAAAUGCUAGCUGUUUCUUUUUCUUGUUUAAUUUUGAACGAACUCAUUAUGGUAGCCCUUCAGAUUAAUAGAUGGGAACAAACAAUUGUCAUGUCGGAAAUGCUAAGUUUAAUGAUCUAUACUCUGAGUAUACCUUUCUUAACUGAUUACUUUGAUCUGAAAUUUUUUCUGGGAGUCAAGUUUUACUGGGUAUCAGCUCUUAUAUUAUUUAUCAGUCUUUUACCUGUUUGGAGCGGAAGAGCAUUGAAGCAAAAAUUGAAACCUUCAAGUUAUGCAAAAUUACAAAGAUGAGGGUGUACUAAUGUUUAAUAUUGUUCCGCAUAAUAUGUUUACACUGAAUAUGUCAUUGUGUAUAUUAGGUUCGCGUGAUUUGUACAUUUGCAUCCUUAUUAUUAAGUUCGCUCGUAUUGAGUAUAUUUCGUUUGCAUUAAUUGUGAGCAUUAAAGAUAUAACCUUAGUAAAAUGAGCUGCUUGGGAUGACAGCUGGGCAUAUUUUGAAACCAAGAAGCAAUUUCAUUACGAAUGUGUUUCGGAAGAUGAUAAGGCUCUGCAAAGAUAGUAAGGAUCGUAUGUGCUCGUUGCCAGCACUUAUAGUAAGAAUUAGCUUGCUCAAGUUCUUCUUGUAAAGGAAUCAAUGCUGUUGCCGUGGUGCUCAGGCUAGUUGAUUGUUUUUCGAGAGUAGAAACCAGAAGGUUUAAAUUAUGAAGCCCAGUGUCUGAAAGAGGGACACGAGCCAUGGUAAAUUGCAACGUUGUUUGAAAGUAUAGGAGAUCGUACAAUUGGUUAACUAACUCUAGGCCUUUCUUUAGAAAGAUUUCCACCCUUUCGUACAAAGUAAUCGUAGAGUAAUACAUCAUUAGAAAAGAAUAAAUGUCAUCGAAGGAAGAGAAUAUAUCUUU